CUGAGGCGCUUUUUUACUUUCAAAAAGGGCAGCCAUGGCAUGGAGCCCACCAUCGUGGUGCAUGGUGGUGCGUGGGCCGUCCCCGACAGUCUGGCCGAGGCGAGCGUGGCUGGGGUGAAGGCGGCGGCCCGGGACGGCUUUGCCAUCCUGAAGAUUGGUGGAAGUGCUCUGGAUGCCGUGGAGUUGGCUGAGAGAGCCCUGGAAGACGACCUGGCGGCAUUUGAUGCAGGAUGCGGCGCGGUCCUGAAUACGGAUGGGGAGGUGGAGCUGGAUGGCAAGACGCUGGCUGCUGGAGCGGUGAGUUCUGUGAGGAACAUCACCCACCCUGUGACACUGGCCCGUGCUGUGAUGGAAAAGACUGACCACAUCAUGCUAACAGACAGGGGAGCCAGCCAGUUUGCAGAGAGCAUUGGCAUAACCACGGUGCCCACUGAUGCUUUGAUGACGGAGAGUGAAAGGAGAGAGUGGGAACAUUACAAAAAGUAUGCAGUUGGAGUGAAGGAGCUGUUUAAUUCCCAGUGGGGCCACGACACUGUCGGAGCAGUUGCUUUGGAUCACCGUGGUAACCUUGCCUGUGUAACGUCUACUGGUGGAAUCCGCAACAAAAUGGUGGGCCGAGUAGGAGACACAUCGAUAAUUGUAUCCGGUGGCUAUGAUGACGAUCAGAGUGGUGCGGUCUCCUGCACGGGUCACGGAGAAUCCAUUAUGAAAGUCACUCUUGCCAGACUUAUCCUCUUUAACAUGGAGCUAGGAAAGCUGGCGCGUGAUGCGGUCGACGUUUCCUUGGCCUACAUGGGAGAACGUGUCCAAGGUGGAGGUGGUGCCAUCGCGAUUGCUCCGAGCGGGGACUGGGCAGCCAGAUUCACCACGCAACGCAUGGUCUGGGCUACAGCCAAGGGGGAGUCCUUGUUCUACGGCCUAGACCCCCAGGACAUGUUUGAGGAAAAGCUGUCAAAGUAGCGAUGUGCUGUCCUUACAAUUCCAUUGAUUUUUUAUUUUUUUUUUAAAUUAACAAAUAUGCUAACACAAUAGACCUGCUUUUGGUGAUUCUGCAAACCUUGCUUAUCCAGAACCUAAAAUUCCAAAAUAUUUUUUAGUUUGAUUUUAGAGUUUAUUUGCUGAUUAGAGAUUUUUGAAUGUUAGCUUAGUUAUCUAACCUCAUAGUAUACAGCUCCAAAUCCAAGGCAAUGAGGCUAAUUGCUUGUCUAAAACUAUAUGAAAAAUUGAGGAAUUUCCUACAUGACUUGUAUUAUACACCAUGAGAGUGCUCUCAGUUCACCUGAAAUAGAGCAUCCCCAGGUUUAGUUCAUUGCUGGUGUGAGUCACUCCACUGAAUAAGAGCUAUGACUCUUGUAAUCAAUAUUUCAUAAACCCCGCAGAUUAGAUUUAGAUGGGGGAAAAAAGAACACUGGUGCAGCAACAUACCGUAAUCCGUCAAUGGCGUAGUGAACAGAAAGGCGGAUUCUUUGUUUUUCCUAAAUAAAGAGUUUGU